ACAUUGCUGAUAUACUUGAUAAAAUAUUUCAAUAAUACCCUUAAUCUUUUUCGAUAAUACCCUUAAUCUUUUAUGAGAAGAAAGACUCUUUAUCAAAUAAAAUAUUAUUUCAAACUUCAACUGAGCAGCGUCAAGAGGGAGGUAAAUAAGAUGGUAGUGUCAAACUACCAUUUUCCUAUAAACAAUUUGUGCUUCACUUCUUUCACCUUCCUUGUGGUUGGUUCACUUGUGGAAAGUUUCUCCUUACAAAUAAAAAACUUUCUUCAUGACGCAAAAACCAUGUGGUGUUGCAGAAAGCUUCAAUGUAUCCGGCUAUCAUCCAUGAUAUUAUUGAAAAUAUGUGGGACCCUCCACCAUUUCAUGUUUAUUCUACACAACCAACCAUCCAUAUCUCGUCAGCUCCUAUUCCACCUGCACCUUCUUCACUGCUAUAUAUUAUUGCUCUUUUAUUUCCAUUGCCUUUUCAUGCUCAGAGAAAGUGAAACAGUGGAACACAAUCCUUAACAUUAAACUCCGGAACUAUAUAAAUUAGAGGCUCCGCUCUUUCUCAUGUCAGCAACAAACCAUCCACAUAAAUGAAGCAUUUAAGCUCAUAUUUUACCUUCGCUACUGCCAUUGCUAUUUUAUUUUCAUUUGAACCUCUUUCUUUUGAUACUCAUGAAAAGUUUGUUCAAUGUCUUUACAAUUAUCCCCAUAUCACCAACUCAAUCUCCGAUGCUGUUUACACCCAAACAAACUCUUCAUACUUCACUGUCUUAGAUGCUAUCAUUCAAAAUCGUAGGUUCUCCAACCCAAACUCCAAACCCCAAGUCAUUGUCACGCCACUCGACGUUUCCCACAUUCGAGCCACCGUAAUGUGCUCCCAACGCCAUGGCCUGCAGAUUCGAACCCGAAGUGGAGGCCAUGAUUACGAGGGUCUCUCCUACGUUGCCGAGGUCCCCUUUGUCAUCGUUGACCUCUUAAACCUUCGACAAAUCACGGUUGAAAUAGAAAGCCGAACUGCAUGGGUUCAAGCUGGGGCAACUCUCGGUGAACUUUACUACACGAUUAGUCAGAAAAGCAAAACACUUGGGUUCCCAGGUGGUGUGUGUUCCACUGUGGGCACUGGUGGCCACAUCAGUGGAGGUGGCUAUGGAUUCUUGAUGCGUAAGUAUGGUCUUGCCGCAGAUAAUGUCAUUGAUGCUCACAUAAUAGACGUGAAUGGUAAUCUUCUUGACAGAGAAGCCAUGGGUGAGGAUCUGUUUUGGGCCAUUAGGGGAGGUGGGGGAGCAAGCUUCGGAGUCAUCGUGGCGUGGAAGAUAAAACUAGUUCCAGUUCCAUCAACUGUGACAGUGUUCAAUGUUGCAAGGACAUUGGAAGAGAAUGCAACCGAGAUCAUUCAGAAGUGGCAGCUUGUGGCGAAUAAAAUGGACGAGCGCAUAUUCAUUAGGGUGGACGUGAGAAAGGUAAAUUCAGGUGAACAUGGAAAGCAAACAAUAGAAGCGAAUUUUGUGUCCAUGUUUCAAGGAGGUGUAGAAGAACUUAUUCCAUUGAUGCAAAAGAGCUUACCAGAGUUGGGUUUGGACAGAAAGGACUGUACUGAGACGAGUUGGAUCGGCUCCGCUGUCUUCACGAAUGGUGUGUUGAGUGGAUCUAGUGGCCAUGAAGCCCCUGAAGUUUUGCUGAACAGAACUCAAAUUUAUUUAAUGAAAUACAAAGGAAAAUCUGAUUAUGUGAGGAAACCCAUUCCCGUUGCUGGAUUACGAGGGUUAUGGCGCUUGCUUUAUGACGAUGAGAUUGAAAUAGCUCAGGUUGAAUUCGCCCCUUAUGGAGGCAGAAUGGAUGAGAUUUCGGAAUCUGAAAUUCCAUUCGCACACAGAUCUGGAUACAUAUUUCAUAUUCACUAUGCGGUCGAUUGGAGAGAGGAAGGGGACGAGGCUGCACAAAGGCAUAUGAAUUGGAUAAGAAGAGUGUAUAAAUAUAUGGAACCUUAUGUUUCAAAGUCUCCAAGAGCUGCAUAUGUGAAUUACAGAGAUCUUGACAUUGGGGUGAAUAACAAUGGCUACACCAGCUACGACCAAGCCAGCAUUUGGGGUCUCAAGUAUUUCAGAAACAAUUUCAAGAGAUUGGCUAUGGUAAAGACCAAGGUAGAUCCUCACAAUUUUUUCAGAAACGAACAAAGCAUUCCUACGCUAUUCGAAGAAGGAAAAUAAAUUAACUCUUAAACA